CUUGCCUCUGUCAGACAAAGCACCCACUCAUGCUGUCGCCCUUUAAACGUCGCUCCUGCAGGAUCACGCGGGAGAUCAAGGAUCUUUGCGCCAGGUUUCAGCUUUCUACUUGCAGCUGGUCUAUGAUACGUUCUUUAUUUGCCGUGACGUCGAGCAGUAUCGCCCUCCUGUUUGUUCCUCUUCCCCAUCCUCCCCUGUUCGUCGUCGUCCUCCCCCUCCUCCUUCCUCACCCCUCUCGCCCUCGCCCGAGCUCGUCGUUCUCAUCCUCAUCAUUCCCAUUAUCCUCCUCCUCCUCCUUUUCUUCAUCACCAUCCUCGUCCUCGUCCUUCCUUUUGUUCUCCUCGUUGCCCUCCUCGUCCUCCUCCGUGUGCGCCCGCGGAGCGCCAGGAUUGGGUUCGGCGCAGGUGCCCACAGCUCUUCCAUGGAGGACCAGAUCGCCUCCAGAGCACCCUUCGCGGUGCCCACAAGGCGCAGGCGCGGGCCGAGCUGCCCGGUGCCGCAGCCGCAGCCCGGGCCCGAGGAGCGCCGCUCGUGGGAGGACGGCCUCAGGCAGGAGGUGGAAGCUGCCUUGGAGGAAGAUCGCAGGCGGCACGACGGGGCGCUGUCGGCGCUGGAGGAGAGAUCGCAGCGCGCAGAGGACCAGAUCAACGGGUCCGAGAAGGAGUGGCGACGAGAGGUGGAGCUGCUGCGAGCGGAGGUGGCCCAGCUUGGCAUCGCGUGAGCCCCCUCGGCUGUGCCCACCGCCGCCGCGCUGUCCAAGGCCUUGGUCCGAUCCGCGGCGCUGUGUUUUUCAAUUCAUGCCGAUACAGACGACGCCGCCGUCCUCUGUCCGGAGAUGUGUGGGCGUUUCUGCGGAUUUUGGCCGCCGCGGCUGGAUGUAGCUCGAGACUCUUGGCCAGGAUGGACCCCUGGAGGGGGCUGGGGUGGCGGUAUGUGUGCAUUGUUGUUUCCCCCCCGGGUCUGGUGACAGACGGCCUGGGCUCCCGGCGUCGCGGACUAGGACGCCACGGGCGUUAUUGGUGGUUGCCAGAUCGGCCCAUUUGUAGGUUACGCUGUUGGUAUAGAAUUCGGGAGCCCUGCAUGUCACGGCUCGUUGCGAACCGCUGUGCGUAUGGUAUCCAGCUUGUUUCGAUGCUACUUGUACCCCAGAUGCUCCCCUACUUCCGGGCGAUCGGGUUUGCCAACGCGGCCUCCUCGCUUUGCUUUGGGUUCGCGGCGUCGCGGGAUAGAUACUAUGCCCAGCCGACACCACCUUGACUAUGUAGAUGAGGAAGCGUGCCACCAGAAGGACUGCGAUGAUCAGCUGCUGUCAAGUCAAGUGACUUGUUGUUUCCGAUUCGAAGUGUGCAGACAGUUGA